AUGUCGAGCCAGUUAAUAUCCUACACGAGCGUCGUCGUCAGCGGUCCCAACGAUAGCAAUAACCCCGACGGUAACCGGGUCGCCGAAUUAAGGAGCACUACAACGAUACUGCUCGUUCUCGCUCCCGUAUUUGUGGUUUUGCGCUUUUGGGCCCGCUCUUCGACCAAUACUCGUUAUGGGCGUGAUGACUGGAUGAUGGUUGUCGCCCUGGCAUUCGUCUUUGUUUUAGGAGCCCUCAACUAUUCUGCGAUUGCCCACGGGCUGGGAAAGCAUAUUCACACAUUGCCAUUGCAUGACGCAAUCGCUUUCUUUAAAAUCCUCUUUGCAUUUGAAUGUAUAUAUAUCACAGCGGUAAUGGCCAUUAAGCUGUCCAUUCUCGAGAUGUACACACGGAUCUUCGGUCUCUCAUCGCGGAUGUUCAACAUCUCAGCAAUUAUUAUAGCCAGCACCAUAGUCACAUGGUGGACUAGCAUUCUUGCCGUCUGCAUAUUUCAGUGCAACCCAAUCAAAAAGGCUUGGUUGCCAUGGAUUGAGGGAACAUGUAUCAACCUAAAAGGCUCUUUUAUCGGCAAUGCUAUACCGAACAUCCUGACAGACGUCGUGAUGCUUUGCAUGCCGGUUCGACAAGUUUGGAAGAUGCAUAUUGCUCUGCUCCAGAAGUUAUCCCUCUGCUUCAUGUUCCUGCUUGGUGGCUUUGUUCUGUUUGCCAGUGUAUACCGCUUUACAACUCUCAUGCAAUUCGACACUAGAGACACAACGUGGACGCUUGCUACGGCCUGCACAUGGUGUAUCGUGGAAGUCUCGUGUGGGGUUAUUAGCGGCUGUUUACCAACCUUACGGCCGCUCACAGUCAAGGUCUCACAUAAAUUCGGUCGUUUGGCCAGUAUUGAGGCAGGGCAGAGUGACGGAAAUCCCCAACAUAGUGGACCGGCCGAGGUCGUCACUAUCGGAAGCGCCGAGGACAAGGCAUUGCGUAAGGAGAGACGCCGCGAAAUCAUGGGUACUACAGACACAACUCCUGGCUCACAAGACGAGCUGCCGUUAAUACUUUAG